CUCGCGGCUACAAAUGCGUAGUUCAAACGCCGUACCAAAUUAUAAACUCUGUUUUAUUGCAUUACGUUCGUUUGUUUUUCCCGUAUAAAUACGUAUAUGAACAGUUCAUUCAAUCAAUCCAGUUUACAUCAUUGAUAGUAGUGCACUUUGAAUUUAUUAAAGUUCAGUGUCGAAGGAAAUAAGAUAUUCAAAAUGAAUGAUCCGGAGCUGUACAAUGUAGCAAACUCGUUACAAAAGAAAGGCGCUAUCCAAUGUCUUAAUGAAUAUGCGAAGAAGAUCAAUUGGAAGAACAUUGGGGAUAGCGUGAUAGACCUGGGUUGCGGUGACGGCAGCAUGACCGUUAUUUUGAAAAAAUACAUGCCGAGAAACUACAAGAAAUUAGUAGCUUGUGAUAUAAGUGAGAAAGCUGUGAAAUAUGCAAGUGAACAUCACAGCGAUGAAGUGACCAUGUUUCGAGUACUUGACAUCCAAGGGGAUCUGCCCUCAGAGAUGUAUUCAGCAUUCAAUCAUGUGUUCUCUUUUUAUGCAUUGCACUGGAUACGAAAUCAGGAGAAAGCUUUUAGAAACAUUUACAAUCUUCUAGAAGAAGGCGGUGACUGUCUCCUCAUGUUCCUCGGGUACACGCCAGUCUACAGCGUCUACAAUGUUCUAGCUCAAUACUCCAAAUGGAAGUCCUGGCUGAAAGACGUCAAUACCUUCAUAUCACCGUAUCACGACAUGCAGGAACCCGAAAAGAAAGUAACACAAAUGAUGGAAGAAAUAGGAUUUAGAAACAUCGAUGUGAAAUGUAAAGAUAUGCUAUUUGUAUUUGACAGCGUGGAAGCUAUGAAAAAUACCGUAAAGGCGAUAGAACCAUUUGACAUGCCAAAAGAUGUUUACGAAGAAUUCAUGCAGGAUUACUACGCGGUGGCACAAGAAUUAGGCGUCGUUGAAAUAAACAACAACAAUGUUGGCGAACCUACGAUAAACUGCAACUACUGUCUAUUAGUCGUCUGCGCAAGCAAAUGAUCCAUUUGAUCUGUUAACGGCGAAUUUCUAUAACUUAUCUGUCCAUCGCUUCGAUAUCGGCUACUGAUGAAGUAUAUCUCAAUCUCUAACCGCAAAAUAACGGAUGGUUCGGUUAUAGAAAUCCCCAGUAUGUCAAUCAUUCUUCUAAAUCACCCUUUGCCGAAAGACGGAAUAUUAUUUUCCGACUUUCGCCAAAAGGGUCUUGCCAUAUUGAAAUUAUGCGGAGAAAUCCGCCUUAGAUCUGAUUAUUCUAAACCGCCUAUAUUUUAUACUUUCCUGAAUUAGGUUAACAUAUUAUUAAAUUAUACAGAUUAUAAUGUUAUACAUUGUGAACUGUCGGUGUGUUAGGUUGUAGCUACUUGUAAGGAAUCAAAAAUGUUAAUAGAUUACAAUCAAUUGAAUUUUAAUAACAUACUGUUAUAUUGUUUCGUGAAAUAUUUCUGAAAUUAAAUUUUCUAACGAUCUUCAUGGAAACUUGGUAGGUAAACACACAAUUAAAAAUAUUUUAAAUACACAUCAUCAAAACAAUGAGCAAACCCAAAUCAAACAGACAGUUAAUAUUAUCAAAGUAAAUCUGAACCGAUUGUUAUCAUUGAUAUUUUUUUGUGAAAUGUUAUUGUACUAUUCCAAACUCAAUAGAAGAUCAAUAAGACCGCUGAUAUCAGUAUAUAGAACGCAUAUGUUUUGAUUUAAUGUCACAAAACGUAUUAUCCUCAUUUAUUUAUUUUUCAACAUAUAAAUUACAUUUUUAAAUAUAAAAAUAAAAAGCUAAUAAAAAGCGUGUAAAAAACAUUUAUCGCCACCGAUAUCGGGCACAGGGUCCAAGGUACCGGUGGUUAGGGUCCCAGAGACAGAAAGAAACCUCAUAAUACGCGCCGUAUCAAGGAGUACUGCCUUCUGAAUCAGUCCCUUGAUCCAGCCGCCUAACGAGAGCCUCAUGAGAUUAGGUUUAAAUAACAAGGCUAAUGGUAUUUUAGAUUAUUUGUUACUCUUAGGUUAAAUUUUUUCCAAGCUAUUAUAUCGUGUGUUUGUGAUACAUAAAUCUAUCUUACACUGGGCCGACUGCAGAAAUUACUAAAUAAUUGGGUUUCAACUCUUCCCCUAUACAGAUAUUUCCAUAUCACAAAAAACAUUAAUACAAUUAUAUUCCAAACCUUGCGAACGUCAUAGAAAAUGUCUUUUGGCGAAUGCUCAAGAAAAAUAAUCUCCGUUGGUUACAUAUUAGACUGUAAUCAGGGCAGGUAUUAUUCCCAUAAAAUGCCCAUUUUAUGUAAUUUAUUGUACUGUAUCUGAUCACUGUAAAUUGUAUUACAUCUGAGUACUUCUCUACGUUACAGAAUACAAAUUGAAAUAUUAUUUAAUUACUUUUCUUUUCCGUGCGUCAUAAGAUACACGUCAUAAAAAAAUUCUGCAUCGCGGUCAGUGGAUCUGUACUUACUAGCUUUUAAGUUUUACUGGUUAUAAUAUAAGUUAAAAAUAAGACUUUUACAUUGUUGCUUUCACGAUUAAUAAAUACUUUUUCUGAAUUAA